GAGAGAGUGCGAUUAAAGCCAAGCCAAAGGACUGGAGUGAACAGCUUGAAUAGAGAAGUGAAGCCUAUACGUCCUAACCCGUUUUUCCUUACCAUUCCUUUCCUCCUCCUCUCCUCCUCCUCUUCCUCUCCCAUUCUCAACAUUCUUAGGACUGCCAGAGCUACUGCCACCUGCACCUCCUUGCGUCUCCUCUUUCCUCUUCCUCUUCUACCUCACCCUAACUAUCCAAUCGCGAACUCGCCGCUCUCCGUUCUGGCACUUUAGAAAAUAUCCCUGAGCCAUCAGUCAGUGGGCACCUUCCUGUACCUGUACCAAGUGUCUGGAACAGCGAGGCAAAAGUCAUCAGGAGCUCCCUCAUCAGAGGCGGACCUUCUCGGAAGCCCAGUCCGACACACAGAUCUUGCCUUCUCCCCAGAGGACCGGCUUGCAACACACUGGUGCAGACAGCAAAGCCUGGAAUUGCACAGCCCCACCGUUGCCUCCACCACAUUUCUAGCUACUUGGCAGCUCCCGCCCCCGUGUCACCAUUCCCUGCCUCAGUGCUAAGGAUUCCAGCUACAUGGGCAAGCGAUUGGAGCAGCAGCCAAUGUACCCUCAGUACACCUACUACUACCCCCACUAUCUCCAAACCAAGCAGCCCUAUGCUCCACCCCCUCAUCCCAUGGCUCCUCCCAGCCCCAGCACCAACAGCUGCAGCCAGGGAGGGGCGGAGCAGCUCAGUAAGACCAACCUGUACAUUCGCGGUCUGCCGCCUGGAACCACCGACCAGGACCUUAUCAAGCUCUGCCAACCGUAUGGAAAAAUAGUGUCAACCAAGGCCAUUCUCGAUAAGAACACUAACCAGUGCAAAGGUUAUGGCUUUGUGGAUUUUGACAGCCCAGCUGCAGCUCAGAAGGCCGUGUCAUCUCUCAAAGCCACUGGGGUGCAAGCCCAAAUGGCCAAGCAACAAGAGCAGGACCCCACAAACCUGUACAUCUCCAACCUGCCAGUGUCGAUGGAUGAACAGGAGCUGGAGAACAUGCUGAAGCCCCUGGGUCACGUCAUCUCUACAAGGAUACUUAGAGAUGCCAAUGGGGUCAGCAGAGGAGUCGGCUUCGCCAGGUAAAUAAAGACCAUAAAUCAAUGGGCAAAAAUUGACUUGUUUGUCCUUGCAUGUUAUAGGAGAAACAGUUAUCCUAAAAAAAAUCCAUAAAUUCCCGUGACUUGAGCUCUACAUUGAAAAUGUUAUGUCUCUGGAGUAAGUGGAGGUAUCUAGAUGGCACAUACUUAUCAAAGUAAUGGUUCUUUAAAUUCUGAGAAGUCCCCAGUAGAGCCAUAAAAGAAAUUGCACAACUGUUGUCUUGGGUUGAAACUGUUACUGAGGAUUUAAAUAAACGUGGGUAUCCAACACACAACGAGAAUCUGUGUCGACAUCAGAAAAAUGCUGUUAAUCUCUACAACUCUUGCAGGAAGUCCAAGACCAACAGCUUAAAAUGCUACGAUCAACAUUCAGCUGUGUUGAUCACAGCAGCGGAGUAUAACUGGAAGCCAUACUUUUCAGAUUCUCAUUUGUAAAAAUAAAAAAGGGCAAACAUAUUUACGUUAAACUUCACAAUUGUACACUGUUUGUGCCAGCUUUUUAACAUAUAGCUCUCAAUAAAAUAAAGUUUGUAGUUGUAAACUGAUACAUUGUGAAAGGUUUCAAAAGGAGUGGAUACUUUUAUAAAGCAAACGCAGUGUCCAUGUGUUUCACAAGCACGGAUAGUGGCUAUUGCAUCACUGUAAAGUCACUGCUGCUGUUUUUCUAGAGCCAAGCCUGUCAUUUAACAGUUUUUUUUUUCCAUUUUCUACUUUGGAAAGUUUCUUCUACAGCUUAUUAAUCCCCCAAAGUCAUAAACCACUCUGUCCUUGUCCUCGACAGCAGCCACCAGGCUCUCAUUCCUCCCUGUUUACCCAGAGGAGGCCGGUGACGGCCACACCACCGCCAUCUUGCAGGGAUUUUUCUUAAUCACCUGCUCUGGCUAAACUCCUCUCCUAUUCCCUGCUCUAUUACUGAAAGGUUAAAGCAGGAUAGAUGAACGCAUACACACCAAAUAAACAACUGCACAAAUAAGCAUAUGCGCAGAUAGAUCCCGCAUGCAAGUCGUUGUGCACAUGUAACAACACACAUUAAAAACUAGCCUCUUAGUUGCGCUCCCUCAAACAGGCAGCCCUCCUGCAGACCAGCAAACAGAGCACAGCAACAACCUGCCACAGGCCACCUGUUCAAGCAGCCUCAGUGGCUGCAGGGACAGACAUGAUGGAAAGGGAAUCUGAGAAAGCGGCUACAUGAGAGGGACGCGGGUGUGACGCAUCGGUCUCAGAGAAACAAGUAACUUUAGAGGUCACUAUGAAGAGACAAAAUGUUUUUUUUUUUUGUUUGUUUGUUUUUUUUUUUACUGAGAUGAUCAGAAAUCUUUACAGAAAGCGAAAAGACUGAAAGAGGCAAAGUUUAAAAAAUUAUUAUACAGGCACGAAUGGCUGAAGAAAUGAUCGAUUAUAGUAAAAAAACAAAAAACAAAAAGUGUCCGUAAAAGAAGCUAGAAGGACAACUGUCCACAGAAGACAAAACAGAUCAAUGGACUACAUAAAAUGUAGACCUCCCAUUAGCUGUGUCAACAGACAGACAGACAGGCAGCUGCUGAGGGCUGGACUGUGAGGGGCAUUAGAGAGAGUAAACUGAGCUAAGUGUUUGUGGGCUGAUCCAUUACUGUUAUCAGAGCCCAUUACUCCAGCCCCAGCACUAAUCAUUGCAGACAGCAGCACCUGAUGCCAUUAACCAGCAGCAUACUCAGAAAAGCCAAACCUGCCUCCCCGUCUACCUGCCUGACUCUGCAGCUGACUGACCAACGCUCAGCCUGGCUCACUGGUUUGUUUCUCAGUGGCUGCUUUCCAGUCUGCCUGCCUCAUUUGCUCCUAGUAUUCUGGGCUGAUUUCUACCUGCUGUGGUGAUGGAGAGACAAUGACGAGAGAUGGAGUUUUUACAAAACAAACAAAAAAAAGUCAUUUUUAGAAAAGGAACAAAGGGGUGUGCUCUGCAUUAGCAAUUCUUACCAUUUAAAAAAAAAAGGAAAUAUGCUAAAAUAUUAUUUUUUUAACAGUCAUCCACUUUUUAGAUGCAGGAGUAACGCGCUUAGAAUUAGUCCCAAAUAAUCUCAGUGCUGUUUUUACAAUACCAUUCACUUAACCCAGGAAAAUACUACAAUAAAAUGAUUACUCACCUCCACUGGCUCAUAUUUGGGACAGGUUGGUGAGUGGUACAUGCUGCUGCGCCCUGGCAACCCGGUGGUAGGAGAUGCCAAGCAGAUGACGACAACUGACCGGUUCAUAGUUAUAGUCAGUUUACCAUAGCAACUAAUCUCGUUAUUAGCCAAUGUUUAUGUCUACGAUAGUUCAUAAUAAACUAUUAAUAUUGGUUGUGAUAGGAAUUAACCAACUAAUACCUAAAAUCAAAAACUCAGUUGUUAUUUAUGUUGUGUGUACAUCAGCUGUGGGUGUGUAUGUUGGGGUAAAAAUAAGGCAAAGGAUUCUCAGAAAUGGUCAAUCUGGUCUUGCAACAAGAUGGCUCCUGUGACAAAAAAAAAAAAAAAAAAAAAAAAAAAAAUUAGUCCUAAGAUGGGGGAUCUAA